CGAUAUUCAAUACAUGCAGCUAAAUAUUCGCUGUUGGGAGGUAGAGUGUAUUUACUACACCAUCGUUGAUUCCAAGGAAAUAUUUAUCAUUCGAAGCGUUGUCUUGUUGAUUCUUCAUGCCAAAUGUACAGCUGUUUUUUCAAGAAAGUUUGGUAAAGAUCGUUUGUUGAGAUGGAAGAUUCCUGUCUCCUAUUCCUGCUCGUUAUUACAUCCUUGAUGUGUGUGAACCAAGGUUCUUGUGAGGGUGGAAAAGGUGUAACAUGUGAAUCAUACCACCCAGAAAAGGGCAUUUUGAAUGGAAAUGAAACCUGUGAUACUGCAGAGUAUUCCUGCUUCGUUCUGUGGAAAGACAAUGUCAAUGAAAGAAAUGAAACAUUUUACAUAGUUUUGAAGAAAGGGUGUUUUCAAGUGUCUGUUAAUGAGGCUUUUAGAGACUGUAAAGAUGAUUGUAUUCAAAAUCCAAAUUAUGAUGCCUUCAGAAGUCAUAAUGUCUCUGGGUUUUGUUGCUGCAACAUCCACAUGUGUAACAGGAAUUUCACUCCUGUUUAUUACACCGAGUCAACAACAACAAUGGCAACAACAGACAUGUCAACAGCUUCUGCUGGGGAUAGAUCAGACAGGGUUGCCAUUGUGGUGGCAUGUGUUAUGUUUGUUGUUCUGGCUGUAUGCAUGACAGUGGGUGUUAUCUAUGCAUACAAGUCUAAAUGCUUUAAAAGUAAAUAUGAUCCAGCUGACCCCGAAGAGAAGGAACCUCCUGGACCUGAACUUGACAUCAGUGGUUUGCACUUUGAACAAAUGGUUGGACAAGGGCGCUAUGGGUCGGUGUGGAGAUGUUACCUUAAAGGGGAAGUAGUGGCUGUCAAAGUAUUUCCGCCAGGGCACAGGGGCACGUGGGAGUCUGAACGGGAGGUGUAUGAAGGACAGUUAUCACAUCCAAGUAUCUUAAAGUUCUAUUUUGCAACUCAAAGGCAGCAAAGUUAUGGACCAGAAUAUUUGCUUGUGACUGAAUACCACAGUAAAGGUUCCCUGUUGCAGUAUCUAAAGUGUAACACUGUGACCUGGCAAGAAAUGUGCAGUCUUGGCCAUUCACUGUCAUCUGGGCUGGCUUACUUACACAAUGAUGAUAACAAUGAAGGUAAACCAUGUUUUGUUCACCGUGAUAUAAGCAGUAAGAACAUACUGGUCAGUCCAAACAUCACUUGUGUACUGUCGGACUUUGGUUUUGCCAUGAAAAUGCCAGAAAUUGGAGCUACUAAAGGAAGUGAUGACAUAAUCACAGAGGUUGGAACACUUCGUUAUAUGGCUCCUGAAGUUUUAGAUGGAGCUGUCAACUUAAGGGAGUGUGAGGCAUCAUUGAAAGAAAUCGAUGUUUAUGCCAUGUCAAUUGUGCUCUGGGAAGUAGGAAUGAGAUGGUCUGACAUUUAUGGAAAUGAGCCUGUGCCAGACUUCAGGCCACCAUUUGAAGCUGAGCUGGGCUCAUCCAUCACAAGUGAAGACAUCCAAGAUUAUGUUGCCAGGCAGAAGAAGAGGCCAGGGUUUCCAGAUGUGUGGAAACAUAAUCAUCCAGGUCUAAGAACAUUGAAGGAAACUAUAGAAGAUUGUUGGGAUCAAGAUGGAGAUGCCAGACUCUCUGCGCUGUGUGUGAAGGAACGUUUCUCAGAACUGUUAAAGGACUACCCAGACGGUCUUGUCGUCUCAUCAAGUGGUAACCCUGUGCAGAAGGUUCUCCAAAACUACCCCACAUCACACUCACAGAGCUUGUCAAGUGUCAAUAGUCCUGUGUCUAAUGCCCCACCUAUUAUAGCCACUUAUCCAUGGGUGGAUAAAUCCUCAAGCAACAGUAUGACCAUGACUACUGUAUGAAUGUCAACUUUAAAUACUUUGGCAAAACACACUCUCUGUUUAUCAGUGAGAAUGUGUACUGGAAUUGGACUUCUCUAGAAAAGUUAGACCUAUCAUACAAUUGCUAUCAGUUCAUGGUUACAUUGGGAGCCUGGAUUUUGUUUAGGAAAGAAAAUCAACUCUAAUGGUUGCCAACAUUUAGUCUUUGUACCUGGGUAACCAUGAAUACAGAGUGACCAUAACGACAAAGAGUUUUCAGCCUAAACUUUACAACUAUAGUAUGCCAAUGGAAACCCUGGAUUAAGCAGGUGUUUAAAUAAGUUGGUCACUGGCAGUCCAUUGCCAUCUUCAAGACAGCUGUCUGUCUAUGCUUCAAGCAGGUUCUCGUGUUUGGAUUUUGUCUUAUGGCAUACCCACCUAUUACACAACUGCCAGCUACUUAUGGAAAAAGUUAUUGAAACCACUGGAAAAAACAUUGAUUUGAAUUGGCUUGCUUUAUAUGUCUAUUCUGUUUUUCUUCAGUAGACAAUGCUGUCCUGAUUUGGGCUAGCCUAUUUGUUUGUAGAAGGUAUUAUCUGGAAGGUUUUGUCCUUGAUAGUGGUGACUAGAAGUGCCAAAAAAUUUAGACAAUGCUACAUUGUUAUAACUGUAGUAAAAAAAAUGUUUCUUUGAAUUUUGUAUGUGUCACAUGGUCAGUGUACUGAAGACAUAAUAACAGUGUACAGCAAGGGGCAGCUGAAAGUUUACAUUAGAUAAUAAAUCUUUGGGAAGAGACAAGUACAUGUUUGUUUAAAUAGAAGAUUAAAGAUGAUGAUUUUGAGCUAAUUUGAAGAUAAGAGAAAGAUAUUCUUCACUUUUCUCAAAUGAGGGAGAACUUAAUACAUAACAUAACAAUUUUACUUGAAUACAGUAAGCUUGUUCAGGGAAUAAAACUUUUAUAUACAAAUGAGGAACACUUUGGUCUUAUUUCUCUAAAAACAAUGUCUUCACUGCAAAUAAAGGACAGUUCCUCUAGCAUUAAUGCAGUUCUCAGAAUCAGACCACAAAGGGGAAAGUGCAUUUUUGCCAAGGAAGAGCAAGCCAGUGCAGAAGGCAAAUGCAUUUUUCCAUCAAGACAAUGAAGGAUAUUUUCCUAUUUUACUCUUAUUCAUUUUAAGAAAUAUGAGGACAUUUAGUCAGGCAAGGCCCUCAAUUCAGCACAGCCCCUGAAUAAGUUCUGCACUAAGUCACAAAAAAAAAUUAUGGUGUGGCAGUUAAUGGAGUAUGUACAGAAACAUUCAUGUGUAUAUUUAAUUUCAUCUUAAGAGCUAUGUGGGAUUUUGCUUUUAGAGCAAUUGUGGACAAUUUCUCUCUCUUCACAAAGUUUGUCCUCAAUAAACAUUGUUUGCCAUAAUGAACAGAUUCAUGAAAUAAAAUUCCAUUAAAAUGUUUGAUUGCACAUGACAUUCUCUGGUAUCUUGUCAAACACCCUUUGCAAUGUAUUUAUUUGCACUUCAAAUUUCAAAUUCAAAAGUAAUUAAAAGCUAUUAUAAGAUGCCAUGUGUAUAUAGUAUACACUCGGCUACUGUGAUAGUUCAUUGUAACCAUAUUUCAAUAUUGUCAACUAAUUUUGUAUUUUCUGUAGAAUUCCCUUGGUUUUUUGCAAGGAAAUAUGUAACUGCAAGUAGUGUUAGCACAAGGUGUGACCAAAUCCUUUUUUGGAGGAAAACAAGGCAAUACAAGACAGUAUUUGUAACAUCAGUCUGAUUUUAUGGACUGUGGCUCAUUUCUUGUUUCUGGUUUAUUGGUUAAAUUUGUGAUUCUCAUCACAAAAAGACUGUGGAACAUUUCUAGAAUGUUUAUUUAGCCAUUAAUGCCGUUAUAAUCUGGCUGUGGUUUUUUUUGUUUGUGGUAUUAAUUAAAGAAUGUUCUUCUUUUGG